AUGGCACCAACGAAGCAGGAGCUAUCCCUGCUCAUAAACCCCCUCGUCCCCGAGGCCGUCCAGCACAACUACCGCGUCCUCUCCUCCCUCCACAGUCUAACAGCCUUCCUCCUCGGCCUGUCAGCAGGCAUCCUCGCCCUCCAAUCAACAGCCGGCUUCGCCUUCUACUUCGGCGGCACAGUCCUGGUCUCCGGUCUCUUUCACCUAUUCCUAAUCCAGCGCUCCGGCGGCGCCGGUGCAGGUGCUUUCUUCCCCGGUAAUGGCGGCGAGAUCGAGGGAUCCGUUACGAUGGCGAAGAAUGGUAUUGUCAGUAUGCAGUUGGAUGGGAAGAAGGGCGGGUAUAUCCUGAGGAACGGCGCUUGGAGGGAUGUGUGGUUUGGGGGUGGUGUUGUUAGUGAGGCGCUGAGUGGGUUUGUGCUUGGGUGGGCCGGUGUUGGUGGUGUUUUGCGGUGA